AUGGCUUCUCAAGAUCGACCAGCCCGACCAUCUACCUCGACACAACACCAGAGUACCUAUGACGCCACAGCAUCCGCACAGGGACGACCCACAGACACACUGAUUGACUUACAAACAAACACCGAAUCUGUCCUGUCUGUGCAAAGCAGUCAGCCCGGGGCAAAAAAGAGGAAAGGGCAUCGCGCUGGCAAGAAAACAAGACGUAACCGAAGGCAAUCUUUCCUACCUGCCACAGACGAGAAUGAGGUAGCAAGGGCGGGCCAAGAUCGUCCUGCAGAGCCACCGAUGGAAGCUGCUAAUAGACCGCCGCUCUACCGGCUAGCUCGUUCAGGGGGAAGAAAUCUGAGUGAAACGAGCCUCGACAGCGAGGCGCUCCUCGAUCACCGAGAUCAUCAACCAAUGCGCCCUCGACGAGAGAGUCGGACCGGUCCCACUCCUUACUCACGAAGGUCCAAUCAUGAUUCGAUCCCACACUACAGACCUCCUCGCCGUGACUCUUAUGAGCAUCGUCGCCGUCGCCAGGUUACCAAUCACGAAACAGAAAGCUCUGGUGACGACAGUGAUGAUGGCCCUGCGCCAACAGACCGAACACCAUUGAUGGGUGCAACGCAUCCAAGCAAUGGAUCGCCAGCACAACCAUCAAGUUAUGGCGGUUUCGCACGACACAAUAGAGGCCGCAGAGGCUCUGAGAACAGACAUCAUUCCGCAGCAUCUUCUGUAUCAAGCAAGCGAAAGGGGCUGAAUAGUCGGCAGGCUUCAUCGUCCAUGUUGCAUACAAUCCACGACGUUAACAAUCCGCCCUCAAUGCCAAACAGUCCUAAGAUCGGUCCAGAUAUUGGCUAUGAUGAUGUAAUUACAACAGAUCCAUACCAUGCAAGACCUUCUGACGGCCGAAGAACGCUCGGUAACGAUCAGGUUAUCGAUAUUGAUAACGAUGCAGAUGAACACAACUUUCCUCAUUCUACUCCACCAACGCCGCCCCAGAAUUUUGCGGAUCAACGAAGGCAUACUAUAGCACUGCCGGCGGAAGAGGAUGUAUGCUUUCCGGUGGAAGGCAUGUCCGCUCUUGGCGAAGAAGAAUAUUUGCAUCAAGAAGAAGGUGCCAGAACGCCCCAACAGAGCCGAAGAAGGCGAUAUCGCCAGUGGCCAGACCUCUCAGUCUUUGAAGAGUGGAGUCGUGAAGAGAAAGAGCAGAGAAGCGAAGGUAUAAGAACGAAGAAAAUUAGUGAGCCAGUGCUCGUUGGUGGUAGAUUGCGACCACAGCAGCGUGUCUGGCACAAAACCGAGGAAGAUGCGCCCUAUCGAUUUACCUAUUUUAACGAGGAUUUCCCAAGUACAAUCCACAGUCACACAGUAUCCGAGUUGCUCCAGCCUGGUCAGGAUUUCAAAGAGCUUUUCAUACCCGACCCUCCUGAGUUGAGCGACGAUGAUUACUCUUCUGAAGAAGAUUUUCGCAGCCAACAGGGAGCUUCUAGCGAGCGACCCUCAAGCCUGAACGGCCGCUCAAAAACUGGGACAAGACAUUCUUCACUGAUUGGGGACUUGAAACCUCAGUCUCCAGCACGUUCAGAAGAAGCACCUCCUGCCCAAUCACGUGGACCUCCACCAAUAGAGAAGCCAAAGCGGUACGGAGAGCGGCCUACCUUUUGGUUGGAUGUACUUUCGCCUACAGAUACCGAAAUGCGAGUCAUUUCAAAAGCCUUUGGAAUCCACCCACUGACUGCAGAAGACAUCAUGAUGCAAGAAGCCCGAGAGAAGGUCGAGCUUUUCCCAAAAUAUUAUUUUGUGAAUUACCGUACUUUUGAGCAGGACGUGAACAGUGACAAUCAUCUUGAGGCCGUCAAUAUGUAUGUCGUCGUAUUUCCUGAAGGCGUAAUCAGCUUCCACUUCUCGAUGACGCCUCAUCCAGCCAACGUUCGCCGCAGAAUCCGUCAAUUGAAGGAAUAUCUUCAAGUGAGCUCGGAUUGGAUAUCCUAUGCCCUGGUUGAUGAUAUCACCGACGUUUUCGUACCGCUCAUUCAAAGCAUCGAGGAUGAAGUCGAUGAAAUUGAUGACGCUAUCCUGAAGCUACUUUAUGACAAGAAGGAUGAUGUAGACAACGAGAAAGCUAAAGCACAGGAAGAGAGCGACAGAGAAGUUGGCAAAGGCGCGGGGUGA